AUGACCAGCGCUGGCGCCAAGGGGUCGUGGCUCUCGCAGCCGAUGGUGAAGAGCGUGCUGGUGUAUCGCAACGGGGACCCUUUCUUCCCGGGGCGUCGUAUUGUCGUCAACGAGAAGAAAGUUUCCAACUUUGAGGUGUUCCUGAAAGAGGUGACGGGCAGGGUGAAGGCACCCUUUGGAGCUGUGCGUAACAUCUAUACCCCCCGGGGUGGGCAUCGUGUCCGGCAGCUGGAGGAGCUUCAGAGUGGAGAGCAGUAUGUGGCUGGUGGCAGGGAAGCCUUCAAGAAACUCAACUAUUUGGACAUUGGAGAAACAAAGAAAAAACCUGCUGAAGUCAAUAACGAGGUCAAGCCGGUUACUCACAGUAGAAUCACUGUGUCAGCACGGUUUCGAAAACCACUCCAGGAACCCUACACUAUUUUUCUGAUUGCUAACGGAGACCUUAUUAGCCCUGUAGUGCGCCUCCUCAUUCCCAGGAAAACACUGAAUCACUGGGAUCAUAUUCUCGAAAUGGUUACAGGAAAAGUUACCCUCAGAAGUGGAGCUGUUCACAGACUUUACACUUUAGAUGGAAAACUUGUUCAGAAUGGGUCAGACUUGGAGAAUGGGCAAAUCUAUGUUGCAGUGGGUAGAGAAAAGUUUAAGAAGUUGCCAUAUGGUGAUCUGCUGUUUAGCAAAUCGACAAUGAGAAGGCCACAGGGUUCCAAGGCCUCUGUACUACCUCCAAUUGUGGGAUCUCGAAAGUCUAAAGGCAGUGGAAAUGAUCGGCAAUCUAAAUCUACCGUUGGAUCCAGUGACACAGGAGAAAACAGUUCCUCACCUCAGCUUCCCAAAGGGAAAGACAAAAAAAGCCAGAAUCCAGAGGAUUCUGUGUCCAGACGACAGUUUCCUAACAACUCUACAAAAGUAAAACAGACAGUAACAGCUUCCACAGGAGUCCUUCAAGGUAAUGGUGAAGAUAUUUACAAAGCCAGAGAAGAGGGGUCUGAAAUGUGGGGAGCAGCUGAAGUGCAGGAAGAUGAAGAUACUCGUGUAGAAGUUCCCCUGGACCAGAGACCAGCAGAAACUGUAGAUGAAGAAGAAAAUGCCGAAGAGGAAAAUGACAGGGGAGAGGAGGCCUAUAAAGGACAGGAAGAAUAUCCAGAAGUGAAUGGAGAGAAAAGUGGGGAAACUGUUAAAGGAAGAAGUGAAGUGGAAGAAAACAAGAAGAAAUUAAAUUACAAUUAUGAAUAUGAAGCAGAAGAGACAGAGAAUGUUGACCAAGCAGAGGAAGAGGAACUUACCCAUUUAAAUGGCAAGAAAAAUGAAGAAAAUGGUGAGGGAAUGGAGCACUUGAACUACCAAGGUGAUCUUCGGCCUGAAGAAGAAAUAAAAGAGGAUUCUGACAGUCAGAACCAGGUUGAUUCCCAUCUUGAAAAAGCAUCCACAAAUCCAAGGGUGACAAUCACCAGCCCACAGGAAAGUGAAAAAAAUGACCAGAGCAAUGACUAUGCUGCAGUUGCAUAG